CGAUGAUUCCAGAGGGCCGUCGUUGCGGUCACGCCGACGAGACAGAGAGAGAGCGAGGGAGGAAUGGAAAGAAAAUUACAACGCACCGCAAAAUUGAGCGCUCAUUGGCGCCCUGCCAGUGCCACGGCAAACGGCAUUGGAAAACAUGCGCGGCGGGCAAAGAUGGCCGCGGGCCCUGGAGAGAGGGCCCGCCGCCCCUGUGCCGGUCGCACAACCUUGACGGGCGCGGGCGGGGAGGGGAAUUGCCCUAACCAGGGUGAUGGAGCGGCAGAUGCACGGGCUGCAGAAGAUGCGCGGCUGAGCAGCGAGACUGCCCUGACCAUCGUGAUCGUGCAGACGGAUGGAGAAGCUGCGCAGAUUGGCGGCAGCUGGCAGCGUCCGUGCACGGCAGCUGCUGGAUACGCCUCAGCGGAAGAGAGGGCGGCGUUCGGGGGAGGCUGCGCCUAGCGGAGGCAGGCUGACCCCACCAUCGGCAUGAGGUGAGAGUUCCCCCGUGCCGACGCGGCACCGCUUCGGCGUCAUCGCUGGCGCCAGGCGGCCGCCGCAGGCCCGCUCCGACGGCAUCAAGUGCCAGAAAGCGGGGCCACUCCACAUCGUUUGCAAGGGGGCGGGAGAGUGAUGCUGAUGUGAGGCGUGCUGGCCCGCGGAGGCGAGGGAGACAUGCCCCCUAAGCGCAUAUCAUAUCAUAUCAUUUCAUAUCUCAAUCCCUUUCCACACACCCUUUUUGGCGGACCAAUGGAAUCACAUUCCACGCGGCAGAGGAGCUGUUGCGGGCGCGGUGGACGAAUUCCACUCGGCAUGCAACGCGAAAGAGUAUGUUCGUUGUCGACGCGGUGGACGUGUUCCACUCGGCGUGCAACCAUGAAACAUACAGACGGCCGCAGGUCGAAAUAGGAUUCCGCAUGAUUCCACUUCAGCUGCCUACAUACCCUUUGGAGCGUCCAAGGCCCACCUCGGCAAACCCAAUGGAGCGAAGCUUCCGCGCAUUGAGCGGAAGUUCAAGCUCAAGCUAAAAGAGAACUAUAAAAUUGAGCGAAGCUUCCGCGCGUUGAGCGGAAGUUCAAGCUAAAGCGCAUACAGCUGGACUUCAAGUAAUUUGGAUCGAAAAUGGAGCGACGCUCGCAGAACAUCAAGCUCAAAUUAAUGUGAAGGGGAGCCCCAGGUUGCCGUGGGCCUGCAGAAGGUGGGUCUCCUUUCUGCGGUCCAGGCGGCGCCAGAGCACCGCUCCCCUCGGAUCCUGCCCAAUGCUGGUCUACUAAUUCUGAUCGUGAAAGGAAAAGGAGGGAGGAGGAGGAGGAGGGAGUGAGUAGACGGAGGAAGAGGAGGGGGGGAGCCAGAGAGAGGAAUACUCGCCGACUCGGCAUAGGCAUUGCUAUGCUAAGCUGAGGACAGGCGACAGGCGGAGGGCGAUAGUUACAAACCGGCCGCGGAAGGUAUCUACAUACAUGCCUGAGAACGGGGAGCUGCAAGGGCUCCUGGAUCAUCCGAUCAGCCUCCAUGACCCGAUAUCCUCUGUGAUAGACCACCACAAGAUCUUGAUGUUAACCGACACGUGCAGGUGCAAACUCAAGUCCUGAAACUCUGUGUGGUACCGAAGCUCCAUUGACAACUUGAGGAUCAGAAACUGAACAAAUAUAAUCCCGUAUACGAUGUGAGCGCAGCCUGGAAGGUUCGGGUCGUAUUUGACACCGACCUCCAACCCCGCCUUCAGCAAACUAAUCUGAAUGAUCCAGAGAUCGAUGCCGAAAUCAAAUUCUAGCGAGGCCGAACCAACCAAGCACACGCUAGAGUUUGGAUCGAGAGGGUCAAACUCGAGUAAGUCAACCAACAACUGGCCCGCGAUUGUGACUUCACCGAAGAAUGGAGGAGCGGGAAGGAUUGGAAACGCCUUCAAUACAUCGGCACUUCCUGCUGCCGUGAGAGAAAAGACAGGACCCAGAGCAAUUUCCAGUUUGAACUUGUUCCGUUCUGAAAUCUUGACUUCUAUGCCAAUACACGCCAAGUUGGACAAAGGGAAAUGGCCACCCGCGCCGAAAAACUUCUGGAACAUCGCCAUAUCACUUUGCUGCUGUUCAGGUGUCUGGCAAGGGCAUGCCAGCUGACAACGGCCGUCUGAGAACAUGGAGGGCUGCCCGUCGAACUUAUCCCUUGUCGCGUCAUUGGGCGGCACUGUGCUAGCGGUGUGGAAAAAGUGCUCGUCGCCGGCCGAGCACAGAGCCUCAAGUGGUGCCCAUGGUCCCCGCUUGUCUACGUCGUCACCUACGGGUUUCAACUGAGGGAUGAUGGGCUCCUAACCACGCGAACUGUUGACGACAAACCAAUGGAAUACUAGUUGUUCUAGGAGGCAAGUUUCGCGGCAAUUCGUCCCCCUCUUACUCAAAUACCAGCAUUGGCCAUACUUCUCCAAGCCGCCAUUCGGGCACGCCGGUCCAGGUAGGGGAAGCGGGUUGAUGACCAUCGAGCAUUGGAACGGAUUCUUGGGCGCCAGUCUCCUGAUACUGCCAGAGGAGAUUGUUACAUCCUCGCCGUCGUCGUCGUCGUCGCCACCGUUCAAGUUCACAUCGACCAACUCAUGACGCUGGCUGAGGCUGAUCGUUGACGGGCUCGUCGCGCGGAUGGCAUCCUUCGAAAUAGAGCCUCCGAGACCCGCUUGCAGCAAUCUUCUGGCGUCUCCAAGAUCAGGCUGCGUGGUGCAGUUGACGUAAGCCAGGAUGAUGGAUCCAAGCUUGCUCUGCGUGCAAACUCCCUGGAGCUUCGCGCGGUCCCUCCCUGAGGGCGCCGCCGGGUCGAACCAGCAGCCCAGCAACUCGAGGGCGUCGUCGCGCGCAGACCCGUCGUCGCACGACAGCCCCGGGUCGCCCGUCGCGAGGUCCACCAUCUGAUCCACAAGCUCUGGGCAGUUGCUACGACACGCGUCCGGCAUUCCCGACACCAAGUCGGAGCGCUGCAGGUAGGCGGCGAACCUCUGCACACGCGAGGGCGGUCCGCUGGCGGCACGGGCAAUCUGGGCGACGUCCUCCUCGUCUAAUAGUUCGGGCGUGUCAGUAGCCGCACAGGCCAUGUAGAAGUCAAUUUGUGCUCGCUCCAAGUCCCUCCACUUGGAUGCCAUCCAGGGCACGAUACUGGAAUCCGUGAUAGCGCGCACGAACUUGCUUUCCGUAACAGCGCGCAGGCCGCAAGGCUGGCACGAUUCCUCAAUCGAAUCCCCUAACUUUGUCUCACAAUCGGCCUCCAUCACCGCGGCAGUGUCCUCAUCCAGUAUCUUCGACGUCUUGAGGUCGAACAUAUUCAGCGUCCCAUUGGGCAUCAAGAUCGCAAACGGUAUGGUGGUUCUCUUGUUCUCCCAAUAGUGCACGUCCUGGAACUUAGCGGGCUCGUUUUCUACAGGAUAUUUUAAGAUAAAGUGGAGUUGCUCCUCGCCUGCCAACUGCUCCGAGCCGACGAACUCGUAUGCAUGAUCUUCUCGCGUCUGUGGAAAGGACGCGGACGAAGUGCGCUCAUCCUGAUCCAUACACCAGUAGCGGUCGGAGUCAACAUCUCCGAGGCCGCCCUCCACUGCCCAGCCGCUCGAAUCAAACUGCAUCUUCUGAAAAUUUUCGCUGCCCCAAGUGGACCUGCCACGGACCUGCUCUUGGUUGGGGAAGCUGGCGUAAUCGGAGAACUGUAAGGCCGCAGACGGAAGGCUGAAUGACUCCUCUGCUGACGUCAUAGCAUGUUCCAUGUCUUCCCAAUUAUUUUCUGCCUGAUCCGGAACAGACUCGAUGAGGUCCCUGGCAAGCUGCGGAAUCGGCUCCACGGUUGGGAGAUAGUCGCCGUACCUGGAUUCGCAAAGGCCAAGUUCGUGCGCAGGGUAGGACGGACAUGGCUGAUACAUCAUAAAGUGAAAGUGGUAAAACUCAGGCAUGUUCGGGGGCGCAUGGUUGCCCAUGAGGUAGAGGUUCCAAUACGGGUUGACUCCCAACGUACACCCGUCCCCGAGGAGGUAGCAAGCGUUCUUGAAUGCGGUCAAACGGCCCACAGGGCCAGACCUAAACUGGAAAUGCCCAUACUUGCAACCAGGUAAACUGGCGCACCUGGCGUUGCAUUCUUCAGCGUUUCUGGCGUGGGAAACCGGCUCGAGCUUGAUAUCUUCCCAGCUGCCGCAGCCAAGUUUUGGUCCAAGUAGCCUCCAUGUGGCGGGCGUGCGCUGAUCGAGGGGAAUCUCCGCCCAGUUGAAGCAGGUGUCCUUCACUGUAUUGCACUCUCCGGUGUACAGGUAGCAAGCAUGCCUUCCAUUAUCCGCGCAUGCUGCUUGCUGGUAGUUCAUGCUCGUGCAGCCAGCCUGCUUCUUGCAAAGCUCGAUACAGUGGCUUUCGCUGGUAGCAGUCCAAGUCCGUAGCAGGAAAAUGCUCUCCUGGUUUGAGCAGCCGAUCGAGCGGUUCACUGCCACUGUGCUGGACGACUCGCGACUGAGAGAUACAGAGGUCUCUCGGCCGUGCGGGUACUCCAGAAAGAGGGCCGCAAGGACGGAUGCGGACAUGGCGAUCAGCGACAACAGCAACAUGCGGAACUUCGUUUUGCUAGUGGUCACCGUCGCGGACGAUGCUUCCUCACGAACGAGCGGAUCACGCUCAUUCUCCAUCUGCGCGCACCGUCUACUUCGGAGCCUCAGCCCGAACACACUCAGGCUUGAGCUGCCCAAAGAGCUUAUUCAACGGCUCGAGUCAGAAAGGCUUAAGCCCGAAUGCUUGAGCCAAAAUGGCU